AUGGCGGUUGUGGCAAGCAAAAGUGUGUGUGUGUCUGUGGUGUGGCAUGCGGGAGGGGGGAUAGGCUACACCUUGAAGUAUAUAACCCAGUUGGGACCAGCAGAGAAUGUAGAAGUCUUCUUUUCACCUGAGGACCUCUGUGCAAAUCAGAGCCACUCCCAACAACAGCAUCCUACAGUGAUGAAGUGCAACCAUCUCGUCUCCUGGGCCUUCGUGCUCGUGGCCUCUGGCCCCCUGAUGGCCCACCCAAUUACAGAAUCUGCUGAGAUACCCUAUCCAGGACCUGUAUCAGUGGAGGACCGAGGGAUCGGCUCACUGGAUGAUCUGUCUCUCGCCGAGCAAACCUUCCUUCCACAGGAUGGUGCUGGCCUCAGAUAUUCCACUCUGAUAUCUGGGGAGAUUAACAGAGAUGGUGUUAGAACAGCAGGCCUGCUUCCGAGGGGGACGAAGAGAGAGGUUCUACUGGAGAAACAAAGUCUCCUAAAUCCUUUCAGCCACGUGCUGGGCAUCCGGAAACAGUUCAGGAAGAGAGCAGGGAAUACAGAGUGUUUCUGGAAGUACUGUGUCUAA